UGGCCCAUCAUUGGUAUCAGUGGGAGGAAUAGUGGCCCAUCAUUGGUAUCAGUGGGAGGAAUUGCGGCCCAUCAUUGGUGUCAGUGGGAGGAAUUGCGCCCCAUCAUUGGUGUCAGUGGGAGGAAUUGCGCCCCAUCGUUGGUGUCAGUGGGAGGAAUAGUGCCCCAUCGUUGGUGUCAGUGGGGAGGAGGAAUAGUGCCCCAUCGUUGGUGUCAGUGGGGGAGGAAUAGUGCCCCAUCGUUGGUGUCAGUGGGGAGAAUAGUGCCCCUUCAUUGGUGUCAGUGGGGAGAGGAAUAGUGCCCCAUCAUUGGUGUCAGUGGGGAGGGAACAGUGCCCCUCAUCGUUGGUGUCAGUGGGGAGGAGGAAUAGUGCCUCAUCGUUGGUGUCAGUGGGGGAGGAACAGUGCCUCAUCGUUGGUGUCAGUGGGGGGGGAACAGUGCCUCAUCGUUGGUGUCAGUGGGGGAGGAACAGUGCCUCAUCGUUGGUGUCAGUGGGGGAGGAACAG